AUGGCUGCCGGGGCCCCGAAGCUCUCAACGUCAAAUGAUUUGCUGAUCUGCUGUGCGUGUGGUGCGCAGUAUGACGUGGACGAGAAGACGGGGAAGGACGAGUGUCGGAUCUGUGAGGAUCCCAGACAAUUCGUCCCAGAGUCAGGCCAGGCGUGGACGACGCUGCGCAAGCUCCAUGCCGGCCCCUACAAGAACGUCUUCGAGCCGUGCGAGCACAAUGACACUGUCGUCGAGAUCCAUACCGAGCCCAAGUUCGGCAUCGGGCAGGGUGCGCGUUUGAUCCGCACCCCGAACGGCAAUGUGCUCUGGGAUCUGGUUGCAUAUCUGGACCAAGACACGGUUGACAAGAUCACCGGAUUGGGCGGAUUGAAGUUCAUUAUCAUCUCCCAUCCGCAUUUCUACACCACCUGGGCCGACUGGUCCUCCACGUUCCAGUGCCCCGUGUACAUGACCGAGGUCGACGCCGUCUGGGCCAACCGCAAAGACACGUCGUCGGCCACACUCAAGCUACUGAGCGCACCCCGCACCGAGCUUCUCCCAGGCCUCACGUCGGUCAUCUGCGGCGGCCAUUUCCCGGGUAGCCAGGUGCUGCACUCACUCCCUCCCAACACGCCGCUGCCGACGCUGUUCGUGGCCGACACCAUCUUCGCCGUGCAGUCCGGCCACAACCCGGACCCAGGCAAGCGGGCCGACACCGUCUCGUACCAGUUCCUCUGGAGCAUCCCCAACUUCAUCCCCCUGCCGCCCGAGGAGGUGGUCCGGAUCUGGCGCGCCCUCAAACCCUUGGAUUUCAAGGCGACAUACGGCGUCAUGGCCAAAAUCUCCAACGUUUUUGAAAAACCCGGCCAGACUCUAAGUCUCAAGGCGAGGCUGCUACAAAGCGCCAAAAUCGCCGUCAAAGCCAUGGGAUAUUCUGACCACGCCAUUUUCGCCGAGGAGGUGUGA